CUGUUGAAGGGCCUCCUUAUUAAUGCUCAAGAAGGAUUAUUGUUUUUUAGGGUAUAUCUCAAGAUCGUCAUUAUAUUCUUCAUUGUGAAUUUCUGUAAUAAUACUUCUAUUAGAUGUGAUAUCUACUUCCCGUUAUUCAUAAUUUUCAAAUCUGGUUCCCUGUUUGCAAAUAUGACACUCGGAACCUUCUUGCGUGGACGCACAUAUACGGUAAAGAAAAUAGUUGCUGUUUUGACUGUGACUGGCGGCAUCAUCAUGUUCACAAUGGCUAGCUACGACAGCAGACCAAUUUCAACAUCUGAGUUGCAAUUUUUUGACAUUCCACCAUUUUGUAUAGGAAUUGUUCUCCUUACACUAGCUUUGUUGCUAAGCGCUUAUCUUGGCAUAUGUCAAGAGGAUAUGUAUAGAACAUAUGGAAAACAUGCCAAGCAAUCGAUGUUCAUGGUGCAUACACUUUCUAUACCCAUAUAUCUGAUUCUUGGAGAUGAGAUAUCCGACGCCAUUCGGGCGGCAAACAAUACUGAAUCGCUUACUGUAUUUGAUUAUGACUUAUGCAUACCUACAGCAUGGGCAAAUAUUAUUGCGAUUUGCGUUUUGCAAUACAUCUGUAUCGACAACGUUUAUCGCCUCACAGCUAUAACUACAUCGCUCAAUGUUACAAUGGUUACAUCGAUUCGUAAAUUUAUCUCAUUGCUCAUUUCAUUCGUAGCAAUCGGUAAUCCAUAUAAUAUUUUGCACUUCUUUGGAGCUUUCCUUGUCUUCAUCGGGUCGAUAAUGUUUUUUGCGGUUUUCAUUGAGACAACAAUAAACACCAAACACUAUUUCACAUUCGGCUAUGGAGUGAUUUAUGAAAAUGAGUUGAGGCCGCAGGUAAAUAUAACCUUGAAUCUCGCUCUCAUGUAAGU